AUGGGCAACGCGGCCGGCAGCGCGGAGCAGCCCGCGGGCCCCACCGUGCCGUCCCCCAAGCAGCCCGCGACACCCAAGCAGCCCGCGGCACCCAAGCAGCCGAUGCCCGCGGCCGGAGAGCUGGAGGAGAGGUUCAACCGGGUGCUGAACUGCAUGAACCUGCCCCCAGACAAGGUCCAGCUGCUGAGACAGUAUGACAAUGAGAAGAAGUGGGAGCUCAUCUGUGACCAGGAGCGGUUUCAAGUGAAGAACCCCCCCACAGCAUAUAUCCAGAAGCUGAGGAGCUAUGUGGACACGGGUGGGGUCAGCCGGAAGGUAGCAGCUGAUUGGAUGUCCAACCUGGGGUUUAAGAGGCGAGUUCAGGAGUCCACACAGGUGCUGCGGGAGCUGGAGAUCUCCCUGAGGACCAAUCACAUUGGGUGGGUGCAGGAGUUCCUCAACGAGGAGAACCGUGGCCUGGAUGUGCUCCUCGAGUAUCUGGCCUUUGCUCAGUGCUCUGUCACGUAUGACAUGGAGAGCACAGACAACGGGACCCCGGGCUCAGAGAAGAGCAAGCCCCUGGAGCAGUCAGUGGAGGACCUCAGCAGGAGCCCUCAGCCAGGGCCAGCACAGCCCAAGAGUCGUCACCUGACCAUCAAGCUGACCCCGGCCCACAGCAGGAAGACCCUGCGGAAUUCCCGCAUCGUCAGCCAGAAGGACGAUGUUCAUGUCUGCAUCAUGUGCUUGCGGGCCAUCAUGAACUACCAGUCUGGCUUCAGCCUUGUCAUGAACCACCCAGCCUGUGUCAAUGAGAUUGCUUUGAGUCUCAACAACAAGAACCCCAGAACCAAGGCUCUGGUGCUGGAGCUGCUGGCAGCUGUGUGCCUGGUGCGGGGAGGACAUGACAUCAUCCUUGCGGCCUUUGAUCACUUCAAGGAGGUGUGUGGGGAGCAGCAUCGCUUUGAAAAGCUGAUGGAGUAUUUCCGGAAUGAGGACAGCAAUAUCGACUUCAUGGUGGCCUGUAUGCAAUUCAUCAACAUCGUGGUGCAUUCGGUGGAGAACAUGAACUUCCGUGUCUUCCUGCAAUAUGAGUUCACCCACCUGGGCCUGGACCUGUACUUGGAGAAGCUUCGGCUCACGGAGAGUGACAAGCUGCAGGUGCAGAUUCAGGCGUACCUGGACAAUGUGUUUGAUGUGGGCACGCUGCUGGAGGAGACUGAGACCAAGAAUGCUGUGCUGGAGCACAUGGAGGAGUUGCAGGAGCAGGUGACCCUGCUGACAGAGAAGCUUCGGGACGCGGAGAACGACUCCAUGGCCAAGAUCGCGGAGCUGGAAAAGCAGCUAAGCCAUGCCCGGAAGGAGCUGGAGACCCUGCGGGAGCGCUACUGCGAGUCCGCCCUCGCGCUGACCUCCAGGCGUCCCCCCGAGCCCGAGAAGGUGCCUGCCGCGGCGCGGCCCUCCGCCCUGGAGCUCAAGGUGGAGGAGCUGGAGGAGAAGGGGUUAAUCCGCAUCCUGCGGGGGCCCGGGGACGCCGUCGCCAUUGAGAUCCUUCCGGUCGCUGUGGCAACUCCCAGCAGCGAAGCCCCGACCCCGGGGGUGUCCACCGGCUCCCCCAGCCCAGAUCUCCCACCAGCAGCGGAACCAGUUCCCGGAGCAGCACCCCCACCGCCACCCCCUCUGCCCGGCCUCCCCCCGCAGCAGGAAGCCCCGCCCCUGGCCCCGCCCCUGGCCCCGCCCCUCCCGGGCACCUCGGAGCCCCCGCCCCCACCGCCGCCGCCCGGAGACCAGCCGCCCCCACCCCCGCCGCCACCCCCGCCGCUUGGCACCGAGGGGCCGGUGCCUCCGCCGCCCCCACCUCCUCCAGGAGGUGCCUCUGAUGCCCUUGGGGGGGCCGGCCCAGAAAUGGGUUCAGGAGUGAAGGCCAAGAAACCCAUCCAGACCAAGUUCAGAAUGCCUCUCUUAAACUGGGUGGCCCUGAAGCCCAGCCAGAUCACAGGCACGGUCUUCACCGAGCUCAAUGAUGAGAAGGUGCUGCAGGAGCUGGACAUGAGUGACUUUGAGGAACAGUUCAAGACUAAGUCCCAAGGUCCCAGCCUGGACCUCAGUUCUCUCAAGGUGAAGGCAGCCCAGAAGGCACCCAGCCAGGCCACACUCAUUGAGGCCAACCGGGCCAAGAACCUGGCUAUCACUCUACGCAAGGGCAACCUGGGCGCCGACCGCAUCUGCCAGGCCAUCGAGACGUAUGACCUUCAAGUCCUUGGCCUGGACUUCCUGGAGCUGCUCACGCGCUUCCUGCCCACUGAGUAUGAGCGCAGCCUCAUCGCCCGCUUUGAGCGGGAGCAGCGGCCUCUGGAGGAGCUGUCAGAGGAGGACCGCUUCAUGCUGCGCUUCAGUCGCAUCCCGCGCCUGUCCGAGCGCAUGGCCACGCUCACCUUUCUGGGCAACUUCCCGGACACCGUCCAGCUGCUCAUGCCGCAACUGAAUGCCAUCAUUGCAGCCUCCAUGUCCAUCAAGUCCUCUGACAAACUCCGUCAGAUCCUGGAGAUUGUCCUGGCCUUUGGCAACUACAUGAAUAGCAGCAAGCGUGGAGCAGCCUAUGGCUUCCGGCUCCAGAGUCUGGAUGUGCUGCUGGAGAUGAAGUCGACGGACCGCAAGCAGACCCUGCUGCACUACCUGGUGAAGGUCAUUGCUGAGAAGUACCCACAGCUCACAGGCUUCCACAGUGACCUGCACUUCCUGGACAAGGCAGGCUCAGUGUCCCUGGACAGCGUCCUAGGGGACGUGCGGUCCCUGCAGCGAGGCCUGGAGUUGACACAGCGGGAGUUUGUGCGACAGGACGACUGUGUGGUGCUCAAGGAGUUCCUGAGGACCAACUCGCCUACCAUGGAUAAGAUGCUGGCAGACAGCAAGACGGCUCAGGAGGCCUACGAGUCUGUGGUGGAGUACUUCGGAGAGAACCCCAAGACCACGUCUCCCUCCAUGUUCUUUUCCCUCUUUAGCCGCUUCGUCAAGGCCUACAAGAAAGCUGAGCAGGAGGUGGAACAGUGGAAAAAAGAAGCAGCUGCCCAGGAAGCAGGUGCUGACACCCCAGGCAGAGGGGAACCUUCAGCACCCAAGUCCCCGCCUAAGGCCCGGCGGCAACAGAUGGACCUCAUCUCUGAACUGAAACGGAGGCAGCAGAAGGAGCCACUCAUUUAUGAGAGUGACAGGGAUGGGGCCAUUGAAGACAUCAUCACAGAUCUGCGGAACCAGCCCUAUAUCCGAGCAGAUACAGGUCGACGAAGCGCUCGCAGGCGCACCCCAGGACCCCCCCUACAGGUCACCUCCGACCUCUCGCUGUAACAGCUGUUGGCACAGAUGGACUCUGUGGGGUGGGGGAGAGAAAGUCAAGGCUCAAAAGUGGUCUUCAGGUAGCAUGUGCAGUGUAGCCCUCUCCAGACCCAGGGGUACACUUCACUUCACACCUCCAUUUUGCCACUGGGGGGCAGCAUUGCUGGCCCCUCCCGACAAGUGUUGCUUGCAGCACUCCUCUCCCCCAGUAGCCAUACUUAGCCUCAGGGGGAGCCUGACCUGUAACUUAUAAAGUGCAUCCUCGAGUCCCCCUCCUCCAUGCCCCCCCCCCCCCCGCCAUCCACGGAAUAUCCAGGGAUCGUAUUUUUUUACAAUAUUA